GGGUUUCUCAGCUUUACCGUAGGGUUUAUCAGCUCUUCUUCAAUUUCAUCUACGUCUUCUCUGCCCGCCUCACUAUCUUCACUGUACCCCUGAUCACUGUUUACGCAAAAGCAUUCAACCUCCAAAGGGCUGUAUUUUGGUAGAUCUCUUACUUCAAGGUUCUGAAAGUCAGCUUGGCAGGGUUGGCUUUAACCUUAUGAUUUGAAGGUGUCGUUGUUUUGCACCCAAAUAGACUGGGAGAAGAUCAAAGAGUGUAAUGGGAGCAAAGAGGAAGAAGAGUGAAGAAGUUGGGGGGGAUGAUGAAGUAGCUGGAGGAAAGAAACAAAUACUCCCAUCUAUGAUAAAGAACAAGGACAAGAGAAGUGCUGUUCAUGCAAAGCUCAAGCACCAAAAGAAGAUUGAGAAGCGUAAAAAAGCAAAGGCUCGUGAAGCUGCUGAGAAGAGAGCUCUUGAGCUUGGUGAGGAGCCUCCUGUGAAGGCGAUCCCCCGCACUAUUGAGAACACCAGAGAGUUUGAUGAGACCGUUUGCAAGCCUGAUGAUGAAGAGCUAUUUGCUGGAAAUGAUGCAGAUGAGUUUAGUUCAAUUCUGAAUCGGAAAUCUGAUCCAAAGAUACUGAUUACCACCUGCCGCUUCAAUUCUACUAGAGGACCUGCUUUUAUAUCCGAACUGCUAUCGGUGAUCCCAAAUGCUCAUUACUAUAAGAGAGGAACCUAUGACCUGAAAAAGAUUGUAGAAUAUGCAAAAAUCAAGGACUUCACUUCUCUUAUAGUUGUUCACACCAAUCGCAGGGAACCAGAUGCUCUUCUAAUCAUUGGCUUACCAGAUGGACCUACUGCCCAUUUCAAGCUCUCAAAACUUGUUUUACACAAGGAUGUCAAGAAUCAUGGAAACCCAACUAGUCACAUACCUGAGCUAGUGCUGAAUAACUUCACAACACGUUUGGGUCAUCGUAUUGGGAGGAUGAUACAAUCACUUUUUCCUCAAGCUCCAAACUUUCGUGGGCGUAGAGUUGUGACAUUCCACAAUCAGCGCGAUUUUAUAUUCUUCCGCCAUCAUCGGUAUAUUUUUGAAAGCAAAGAAAGUAAGCAAGGUGAUACAAAAGGUAACAAAGACAAAGAUGCCAAGGGUGAGAAAAGCUCUCAAGGAAAAGUGGUUGCCCGCCUUCAGGAGUGUGGCCCUCGGUUCACGCUGAAGCUAAUAAAUUUACAGCAUGGAACAUUUGAUACCAAAGGCGGGGAAUAUGAGUGGGUUCACAAGCCGGAGAUGGACACAAGCCGCAGGAGAUUUUUCUUGUGACCCGUUUUCAGUUUUGUCGUGAAAGAUCAGAGUUUUGGCGCAUUGGAAACUCAUAUUUGACUUCCGGGGUGUCUGAAAUUUUGUUGUUUGAAUUCAACAAAAACGAACUGAUAUGUACCAUCUGUUUAGGCUGAUUUUGAAUUCAAUACAAAAAAACGAACUGACAUCACAGAUUAGGGUUUUCGUUUCCUGUUUGAGAUGCAAGAUAAAUUCUUGUCAUUAUCUACAGUACGGCUGAUGAUUUGUAUUAGUUGAUCAAACUUUGAUGGAACACUGUUCAUACCCGGAGAAUUUAAAUGGGUAGAGCUAUUUUUUGGUUGGUAAAUUGAAGGCCGAUUUGGCCGCAGUUCUUGUUUCUUUUA